AUGUCUGGUAAAAAAUUCAAAAUCCUAAAUUCAAAAAUCAAUUUUCUUCUUCAAGUUACAACAGAUACUGGAGGAAAGCACUAUGUGACUGGGGUGAAAGUGGAGUAUAUGACAAAUGCUCAAGAAUCUUGUUUGCGAGAUUUGAAUGAGGGAAUUGAGAAUAAACAAGCAGAAAUAAUGGCUUUUCAUUCCAAGAUUUAUGAUUCUGAAGUUCAACAGCUUCGUGAUGUUGCUCAAGAACGUCAUGCACUUCUCAUGGAAAAAGUCAUAGCAACGAAGCUUUCUCUUGUUGAUAAGGUUACUGAGAUGAAGUCCUUGCUUUCAUAUGAAGUGAAGAAAGUGUAG